AUGCUGUCUCAGUCGUUCAGAUACCUGUCUAAUGAAGUCCAGGCUCAAUGGGAGAACGCCGGUCCUGUUCGUAGCGUCGUCUUCCUGGUCUCGAUCUUGCUGCUGGCUGCCUGGCUGUCGUGGCGCAUCUGGAGGUUCACCAUCCAGCCGAUGCUCAGGCCGGAUGAGCCCAAGGAGCUUCCUUACUGGAUAUCUUGUGAGUCAUCUUCUUCGUUUUCCUUGCUUCGUGCCGAUCAGGGACAGUCUUUGGCAGUUUCUUUCGAGAUUCGCACAAGCUUAUCUCCAGAUAGUCUGGCGCUGACAUGCGAUAGGGCACGCCUGGGAUCCCGAGAGCCGUUCAGCCUGACCAUCGCUGGCGAGAACUACUACGUCAUCACAUCGCCCCCAGACACGACUAAGUACUUCGCUGAUGUCGUCUCGCUGACCUGGGACGGAUUCCUGGACGAAGUCCUGGUCGGCUUCGGCUGCGAUCCCGCCAGACUGGACACGCUGUGGAAACGCAAACCCCGGAGCGCAGUCAAUCCUGCAGGGAAGAACCCCAUCCACCUGACCGAAGACCUGUUCAAGCAGCAUCUUCUGCCGGGCCCGACGUUCGACGUUCUGAUCGCAAAGCUGCAGGCGGCGCUGAAGGAGCUGAUGUCCUGGGAGAAGCUGUCCUCCGCAUACGGGCUGGCGACGGCCUCGCAGACACGACGCAUCUCGCUGUACGACCUGUGCUUGCACACCAUGAUCAACGCAAGCCAGCUGGCCCUGUUUGACCAGGUGCUCUUCGCCAUCGAUCCGCUCAUGACGGCGAAUCUGCGCACUUUCACCGACGAGCUGUGGAAGUGCCUGCAUCCGUCGCGCCUGGUCGACGCCAGCGAGGUGAAAACUCUCCUGGCGCAAUACACACGAGCCUUUCGCAUCUACCAGCGACUGCCCAAGGAGAUGCGCAAGAACGAGGCGUGGGUCAUCUCCACCCUCAUCGACUAG